AUGUCCAUUGUUUUGAGACUUGGUGGAAAGUACAAGAACGUGUUGCAUAAAACGACGGUGGAUAAGGAGAGAAUAAAAAUGUCUUGGCCGGUUCUGGUGAUCCCUGCCAACGAUAUGGUCGUCGGACCUUUCCCGGAGCUUACUGGUCAAGACGAUCCUCCCAAAUUUAAGGCCAUCGCCUACAAGGACUACAUAUACCGCAAGCUUCGCAAAUUAUCCUUGGUUGAUCCCGACUCAUAG